AUGAACGGGCCGCGUGCCUCAAUCCGGGUUUUCCUUUGUGAUCUCCCUGCUCUAGCGACUGAUACGAAAGUCCGCUUUCUAGGCUGCGUGAGGCAAUAUGAUGUCAACACUGGCAACUUAAUUCUGGAGCAUAACUAUCCACGGAGCAAGAAAGAGCCGGACUCUGUUUAUGUGGAUGUCAAUGCUGUACUCGAGGACCUUACCUCGGAGCAGCUUCGAGUCGGCGCCUGGUUGAAUGUGAUAGGCUAUAUCCGAGAUCUUAAUACACCUACUCCGUCAUUUUCAUCCUCUCAGCUGAGCUCAUCUCAAGCAAAUGGACCCUCUGAGAUUGCGACUGCUCCCGUCAAGGUUACACCUCGACCGGUGCACAUCGAUGCCGUGCUGGUCUUUCCUGCGGGUGCCAUCGCGCUGGGCGAGUACGAGCGCAUUCUUCGCAAUGCUCAAGACGUGGAGCAGCGCAUGUGCUUUUCAGGGUGA